GCCAUUUCCACUUCUCCGGCGCGACUUUCCUGAGGCGCGCGCGCUCCCGCUCUGACGUCGCCUGCCCUCUGCGGGGUGGCGGGACCGCGGAAUUGCAAAUAUGACUGAGGCUGAUGUAAAUCCAAAGGCCUACCCCCUAGCAGACGCCCACCUCACCAAGAAACUACUGGACCUUGUUCAGCAGUCAUGUAACUACAAGCAGCUUCGGAAAGGAGCCAAUGAAGCCACCAAAACCCUCAACAGAGGCAUCUCUGAGUUCAUCGUGAUGGCUGCAGACGCUGAGCCCCUGGAGAUCAUCCUGCACCUUCCAUUGCUAUGUGAGGAUAAGAAUGUGCCCUACGUGUUUGUGCGCUCCAAGCAGGCCCUUGGACGGGCCUGCGGGGUUUCCAGGCCUGUCAUCGCCUGUUCUGUCACCAUCAAAGAAGGCUCACAGCUGAAGCAGCAGAUCCAGUCUAUUCAGCAGUCCAUUGAAAGGCUCUUAGUCUAAACCAGUGGCCUCUGCCCCCCCCCCCCCGAAUCCUCCCCCUGGGGUUAUGUAUCAUACGGUCUGUGUCCGCAUGUAGUUUCUCCAGCUACCUUCUCAUUAGAUUCUAGUACUGAAUCUGGGUUUUGCAUUUUUGUAUUACUUUUGUUUUGUUGUAUAGGUUGUUCGCCACAUAUUAACCCCCCACCCCAAUCUCCCGUUCUCCUCUCUCUGCCGUCCUAUCCUCUCUUUUGAAAAAUGAACUAAUGCCGAGAACAGGCGGAAACAGAGUGGUGACACCAUUCAAAGGCAGAGAAGAGCCAGGACAGAGAUCUGGUUCCAACAUUCAGGCGCUAACUUCCUGUUGUGUGUAGGACCUGACGGAUGUAAACACCAUUCACUUUGUAUCCCUUGUGCCCGGAGUACAGAAUCAUUCCAUAUGUGUUUGUCCUCUAGGGGGUUAUGUAUCAUUUGGGGAGAAAGCAUGUAUUCUGUGAGGUUGUUAGGUAUAUGUCCAAGUGUCAUUUGCCAAUACGCUCCUGCUGUCUGCUUUGGUCAUGUGAUGUUAUUCCCCCUCUCCCCCAACUCCCAACCAUGCCCCUGAGGGUGGCGGGGCGGCAGCAUACCAAAGAGAUGUGCUGCAGAAUUCCAGAGGCUGCCUGGGCCAGUUAGACAUGAGGCAGCUGACCUAGGUCUUGAAGGAGUCCACAGUAGCUAGAAAAAAAGUGGGUCAGCUGAUGGUGGAAUGAAGAAGUCUGGGCAAGUCACGGAGACCUGACUGGAAGCUACAGCAGAGAUGUUGGAAUCAAGGAAUGGAGAUGUCUUCAGUGGACACUUGGUACCAGCUCUGAGAGCCCUGACUCCUGUUUCCUGCCACGAUGUGGGUCAGAUGUAUGUAUUCUUUAUCACAUCAGAAGGACAGUGCUAGUGUGUCAUUUCUUGUGAGCAUCCUAAUAAAGAAAUAUAUUCAUAUUCUAAUUGAAA